GUGUUCGAGAUGGUUAAUGUCAAUGUAAUUGUUAAGUGGUGGUUGCUUGACUCCGUUACAAAUAUUUCAAAUAUGAUUGUUGAAGGCAAUCCUGAAGAGGUGCUUAAAUUCUACAUUAUGUUUACGGGAAAGAAAGCAGUCUGUGAUGACGUUUAUAUGAUAGUAUAA